ACUUCGUGUGUUUUUCCUUUCACCAAAAAUAAAGCUACUUUAUAAAAUCCCACUCACUCUACAAUAUUCAACACUUUGUAAAUUAACUGAAACUUCCAAAUCAUAGAUUGUACGUAUUUAUUUACUUCAACUCACACACUCUUGUCAUUGUCUUAGAUAAAUUUAUUGAUAUGGAGGUUACAAAGAAGUUGAAGCUAAAGCAUUUGAUAUCAAAGGUACUAAAGGGUCUUCAUUUCUUGGAAAUCAGUAAAGCAUAUACAAAAAGAGCUGAUUAUUUGAGAAUCAGAGACAUUGAUGAUGAAGAGAGUGAAACAGAAACAACUGUUCCUGAAGGGUUUUUUGCGGUUAUUGCAAUGCAAGGUGAAGAAACAAAGAGAUUUGUUCUUGAGUUGGAUUACUUAAGAAAUCCUCAUUUCAUGAAACUAUUGGAGCAAGCUAAGGAUGAGUAUGGUUAUCAACAAAAGGGUGCUAUUGCAUUGCCAUGUAAGCCUCAAGAACUUCAAAAGAUUAUAGAGAAUCGACAUAGUGAUGCUUUAUAACACUUCUUCUGGAUUCAACAAUCUAUAUUUAGACACAUUUAUGUAUACAGAUAGUGCAAAAACUAUCAAUAUUCUUUUUAGUAUAUAAACAUCAAUUUGAUUUUUACAUAGGUAGACAUUUCAAACAAGAUAGUUCUACCUAUAUAUUUUGAAUUUGUAUACUUUCGUCUCAAACAUGUAUAAUGUAUUGUUUGUGACUUUUGUAACGACUUAAAUUCUUCCACAAAUAUGAUAGAAUUAAUAUUAAGGAAUACAAUAUUAAUUUGAUAUCCCUA